AUGAACACUGCAUUGCGAAGCGGGGGGGAUAACGCCGCAACGCUAUUCGCCCAGUCUCUGCAGUUGUUUAAACCUUCCGCGACACUUGCUCAAGAGGAUGAUCCUAUGUUAGACAUCUCCGAUGGUCUCGCAGCAAGAUUCCGUCAAGUAUGUGAGGAUCGAAUGGUAGAACUGAGUGGACCCAGUGUUGCGCCUCUUUCAUCGGUGAAUAGCCAAAAACUCUGGGCAUUAGAAAAGGACACAUGGGAUCUAGUCGGAGACCUGUAUCUCUCCCGCGCGUCGCCACUGAUUGAUGGCCUGACUCCGCAUGACGUUAUCACGAAAAAUCCAUACACCCCAGAAACUGCCUUGAUUCGACAAUGCAUGGACUGUUCUCAAACCUUAAACGAACUUCUCAUUGCUCGAAAUUGGCUUCAACGGAAUGCCCCGCCUCCCGUUCCCCCUGAGCGUCGAAAAAGUUACUGGAGAUUCACAAAACUCGAGCUUAUGCAUCAAUUACGCUCCAAAGGUGCACCUUCGCAUCGUCAACCAAUACGGGGGUUGGUUAAAGAACUCGACCCUGAUGCCGUGACUCGCUCCGCUAUUCAUGGUGCGGAGCCCUCCGUCCUGGAGCCUAAAGAUGCCGAAUUCGAGAAAGCACUUUCACAGCGCCUAUAUACAUAUAUCAGGGCCGGAGAUAUCGAGACUGCUAUUGAUAUCUGUAAGGUCGUGGAUCAACCAUGGAGGAGCGCGGCCAUGCGUGGUGCACAUUCUUUUUCAUGGCAGUUCUUGGAAACUAGUGCGGAAGAACCUGAUGAUACCGCCAUGGAUGAGGAUGCGGCCCUUAUGGAAGGCUGCAGGGGGAAUAUACGCCGAAAGCUGUGGAGAAAGUCGUGUCAGACGGCGGCGAGAUCUUCCACCCUUCCGUCUACUUCUCGUACUCUAUUAGCCGCUUUAGCCCCAUCAUUAGCCACUCUUCCUACACUUUUGCCGGCUUUACGUACAUGGGAGGAUCAUCUUUGGGCCCGAGUUUCCGCUUUGCUUGAGGAGAGAGUGGACGCUUUAUUAGGGCAUUACCAGAGCUUCUGGAUAAAACUUGAUGAAUCAGGUUGGAAUACACCUCGGUCCGACCAAUUGGAGGAAGACGACAACACUAGCAUGUAUUCUGCAGCCCACGAUGAGUUCAGCGAGGAAUCUUUCCGUCAUGACAUUCAUUCUUCGUUGGCUGAAAUGAAGAACAUCAGCUUGCAUGAUCAGUUUGAUUACCGUAACCAUUUUCACCGUGCGCAAUAUAGUAUCAUCAUGGAGGACACGGACAGAUUAUUCACCGAAAUUUCCGAAGAAUUAAGGAACAAUCCGUCUCUUGAUCUCCCGCCAAGUGAUCUCCACCAGACACUAAGAUUUUUCGCCCAUAUAUGCCUUUUCUUGAGGCAUAUUGGCCGACGAACUCCGCCUGAGGCCACUGACGUCAUCAUUCAAACUUACAUUGCCCAAUUGGAGGCUCAAGAACGCGGUGACCUUGUAGCCCUGUAUGUUGGGGCUCUCGGAGACAAUGCAAUCCAGCGCUACGCCCUUUAUCUUUCCAACCUUCCGAUCGAGCUGACGAAGCACGACCGAUACCUCGCCCUGAAUCGUGCUAAGGACCAUGGCCUUGAUAUAGAAGCUGUUGCAUUCUCCACUGCCGGUUUGGUAGCCCAGCAAGCUCUGGAGAAUCUGCCAGCCAACACAAAUGUGCUACCACCCGUACAAGAUUCAAGCAUACACAUCAACCCAAUUGAGCUUACGCUGUGCCGAUCUAUUGAAUGGCUGACGUUCCAUCAAAGUAAUUUUGAACACGCAUUGAGACAAACUAACGCAAUCCUCCGGUACUUGCUUGGCUCGGGACGUCUUUCGGUUGCCCGCGAUCUGCUUAUCAGCUUGCCAUCGCAUGUGACGAGCCACGCGGUAUCUUUUGAUAUCGAAGGGGUUGAACUCGUGCACUUUAGGCGAUUCUUCGAGGUGUGGGAUGGGUGGUCGGAUCUUGGGGUGGUUAGAAACUCGGAACCACAAGACCCUGCGCAGAAGUUCGAGGCUCUCGAAUGGAAAAAGCUCUAUUCGGCUACGUUGGAUCGCGUCCGGGAACUAGCCGAAGGUCUAUUCACUUCUGGCUGGCUUGGUCACAUGGAGGAGGAUCAAAUCGAAGAUGAAAGAAGAGAACUCGAAUGUGCGCGCAUACGGCAAAUUUUCAUCCCAGAGCUUGUGCUGCGGCUCCAUCAAGAGCUCUUCAUCUCACGACGCCUCUUCCCUGGAAACCUCAAACACAUUUUGCGGCUGACAACUGUUGUAGCUGAUGACCGGUACGUGUUGUAUCGGGAUUUCAUAACACCCGAUAGGAACCGGUUGCCGGAAUACCUUGCUACGGUCCGAGAGGCAAGCCUAGCUGCCCUUGAAGGGGGCAGCAAAGAUCCAUUCGCGAUCAUCUCCUAA